AGUGGAAAACUAGUUAAUAAGAUGUUCACCAAAAUAAAGGAGACCGUUGAAAACACAAAUACUCUUGUAUGUGUUCUAAUAGAUGAAGUUGAAUCAUUGGCUCAUGCUCGAAAUCAGUGUUUAUCUGGAAGUGAACCAUCAGAUUCAAUUAGAGUAGUAAAUGCCCUUUUAACUCAAAUAGAUCAAAUAAAAAGACACUCCAAUGUUUUAAUACUGGCCACGUCCAACAUGACUGAAACUAUUGACUUAGCUUUUGUAGAUCGGGCUGACAUCAAACAAUAUUUGGGAAAUCCAUCUGUAACGGCAAUAUAUAAAGUAUAUCAUUCUUGCAUUAAUGAGUUGAUUAAGGCUCAAAUUAUAAAAGAACAAGUUUUGGAAUCUGUGGAGACACUGACUGUUGAUGAAAGUAAGGAAAAGACAGAAGAAACUAAGCAAUUAUUAGCGAUAUCUGAAAGGAGUUGUGGCCUUAGUGGACGAUCAUUAAGAAAAAUACCAUUUCUAGCACAUGCGUUGUUUUCAGAAAAGUCUUUAGUCAAUUUAAAUGAUUUCUUGUAUUCCAUGGAGAAAGCUGUUGAUAAAGAACUUGAAGAAAGACGCCAUUUUGAAGGUUUGAAAAAACAGUCAUAUUGAAAAUUUGUGAAAUAAGUUUUUCUUGAUUAUCAAAAUGGUAUUUAUGAUCAGAUUUACCUUAGUUGAUAAUUGAUUUUGUAGAAUAUUUGUACAUUCAAAUUGUUCAUUUUAUUUUCUCACUAUGCCAAUCAACUAAAAACUUUGUUACAUAUUGAGUUAUAGUUUCAAGCUGAUAAUACAUAUUAAAAUGUAAAACUAACUUAAAAUUUGUUUGAUGUCCAUUAUAUGUUCAAAAGACUAUAAAAGGCGGAUUGUUUUUUUUUGUGAUCAUUUAUUCAUUUAUCGAUUGAAAUGCAAACAGAAACAAAUCCAAAAUAGUAUCUAGUAAUUACAUUAUUUUCUUAUUAUCUGUUGUAUCGUCUUUAACAUUGCGGUUUCAUUAAAAACUGUGCAAAAUAA